GAGAUGAAAGUCUUUGUGUAUUGUAGGUUGGUUGUACACGCGUGGUAGUUUACGGUAGUGUGAUAAGACUAAAAAAAUGAGGGUUCACAUUUUUGUGUUUUUAGUGUGCAGUCCUGUUAUUUCUGUAAUAUCUGCAUCGGUUUGUGAGAAUUUACAAAUAAGGAAUGCGGAGAGAGCUAUUGACUUAACUUCUCAAUUAGUUAAGAUUGGACAUACAAUUACGUUUGAAAACAUCGGGAAAGUUACUUGUAACAGUUUUAAGUUUGCCAUUGAUCCAAAGCUGGCCCCAGGCUUUGCAUUUAUUUCUGCUCAGAGUGGGGAUUCAUCCAAAACUAGUCUGGGAGCUGUAGAGAAUGCUGCAAAAGGCACAUGGAACAUAGCACUGAAGGAACCAUUAAGUUCUGGGAAAACAGUGACUGUGGAAGUUGAGACAGUGUUCACACACCAAUUGAAACCUCACCCAGCUUCAAUAUCGCAGAAGGAGAAGCAACUUGUAUUGUAUCAUGGGAGCACUGUUCUUUAUUCACCAUAUACUGCAAUCAAGCAGACAACAACUGUUACCUUGGCAUCGAAAAACAUAGAAAGUUACACAAAACAUAAACCAGUAGCAGUUUCUGACAAUGUAAUAACUUAUGGUCCAUAUGAAAAAGUCCAGCCUUUCUCACAGGAUAAAAUGAUAAUUCACUUUGAGAACAAUGCUCCCUUCUUGACAGUCACAAACUUGUUAAGAACGAUUGAAGUUUCACAUUGGGGCAACAUAGCAGUUGAGGAGACAAUAGACCUGCUUCAUACUGGUGCUACUCUGAAGGGACCGUUCUCUCGUUAUGAGUACCAGAGAGAGGCUCAGAGUGGGUUGUCGAGUGUAAAGUCGUUCAAGACUAUUCUUCCUGCUGCUGCAACAGAUGCAUACUAUCGGGAUGAAAUUGGAAACAUUUCAACAUCCCACAUGAAAGUAUUGAGUGACUCAGUGGAACUUGAUCUCAGGCCAAGGUUCCCACUAUUUGGAGGAUGGAAGACACAUUACACGAUUGGCUAUAAUGUGCCAAGCUAUGAGUAUUUAUACAACUCAGGAGAUGACUAUUUGCUGAAAAUGCGUUUUAUAGACCAUGUUUUUGAUGAUAUGGUUGUGGAUGAAGUGACAACCAAGGUCAUACUACCUGAAGGAUCACAUAAUAUUGAAAAAUACACUCCAUAUCCCGUAGAAACUAUGCCGGAUUCCCACCACUUUACCUAUCUGGAUACAAACGGGAGACCAGUAAUUACGUGGCGGAAGAAAAAUUUAGUAGAAAACCAUAUUCAGGAUUUCAAGCUCCAGUACAGAUUCCCACGUAUGUUCAUGCUGCAGGAACCUCUUCUUGUAAUUGUGGCAUUUUACCUUCUGUUUCUGAUGGUGAUCAUUUACGUGAGAAUAGACUUCUCCAUUUCAAAGGAUGAAGUGAGCGAAACUCGGAUGAGAGUUGCUGGUUACUGUGAAAAAGUUUUAGCUUACCAAGACAAGCGAGCACAAACUUUUGCACGUUAUGAUGAACAGUUAGCCAAAUUGAAAACGACAAAAGAUAUAAAUUCCUUCCAGAGUGCAAUGAAAAGUAUAAAUCAAGAAUAUAAGGCACAAACAUCAGCCAUUGCUGAGCUGUUAUUGAAACUGAAAGAUGCACCAGAUAUUGCUGAAAAGGUUUCCGAGCUGCAGAAAGCAGACAGGCAAUUGAAGGAGCUUUAUUCACAGCAUCAGAGUCUCUACGUAGAUAAAGUGAUUCCUGGAAAAUCAACCAGAGCUCAGAUUGAUACAGAAAAUCAGAUUAAUAAGAAGAAAGAAGAAUGCAUUGAAAAAAUAAAUGCUAUUGUUAAAUCUCUUCAGUGAGAACUUACAUAUACCCGUGAGACAUGAAAAAGACUGUUUAGCCUUUAAAUGUGAAAUGGUUUACUUUGUUUCAAGAGAGGUUUCUGUUGAAUGGGAACCACUCUAAAGAAAAAUAUAGGUAAUUGAGAAAGA